CCGUCCCGCUGACGCCGCGCCCCGGUCCGCCGGCCACACCACCGCUUUCUUUAUCGGUUCGCGAGGCUUGUGCAGUAGCUUUCCGUAAUCGAUUCCCAUUCCUAUUCCUCCUCCCACGCUUCCACUUACUUGUCUCGCAUCUCGCAUCGAAAUCCGCUUUCUUCACCCACAAGAAAGGUGGCGGUGGGUCUCAUGGUGCAGGUGCUGCAAUCUGGAACCUUUUUGCUCAUCUUCUCGUGCGUUCUUGUAAUCGGAUAUACAUAGAGUUAGAGUUUGGAUAUCAAGUAUAGUAGCAGGAGGAGGUGGUGGAAUUUGGAUGGCGGCGGAGUACCACUGCUGCGAAGCCAACUUCUUCAUCCACAUACUCAUCAUAACGCUGCUGGUGCUCUUCGCCGGCCUCAUGUCCGGUCUCACCCUUGGUUUAAUGUCGCUCAGCCUCGUCGACCUCGAGGUCCUCGCCAAGUCUGGAACUCCCCAGGAUCGCAAGCAUGCCGCAAAGAUACUCCCUGUUGUAAAGAGACAGCAUUUGUUGCUAUGCACACUCCUGAUCUGCAAUGCUUCCGCCAUGGAGGCUCUCCCUAUAUUUCUUGACAGUUUGGUUACAGCAUGGGGUGCUAUCCUGAUUUCAGUAACAUUGAUACUUCUCUUUGGGGAGAUCAUCCCCCAGUCUGUCUGUUCUCGGUAUGGUCUGGCGAUCGGAGCAGCAGUUGCCCCAGUUGUUCGUGUACUUGUGUGGAUCUGCUUUCCUGUUGCAUAUCCAAUUAGCAAAUUUCUGGACUAUUUGUUAGGGGAUGGACAUGUGGCUCUCUUCCGUAGAGCUGAGCUAAAAACACUUGUUAGUUUGCAUGGAAACGAGGCUGGUAAAGGGGGAGAGUUAACCCGUGAUGAAACCACAAUCAUUGCUGGAGCGCUGGAACUUACGGAGAAGAAGGCUAGAGAUGCCAUGACCCCUAUAUCUCAAACUUUUGCAAUUGAUAUCAAUGCAAAACUUGAUAGGCAUUUAAUGAAUAAGAUUUUGGAGAAGGGGCAUAGUAGAGUCCCAGUCUACUAUGAAAAACCAACAAAUAUAAUUGGCCUUAUCUUGGUAAAGAAUUUGUUAUCUAUACAUCCUGAUGAUGAGGUGCUUGUUAGGAAUGUAACAAUUAGGAAGAUUCCAAGGGUUCUUGAAGACAUGCCGCUCUAUGACAUCUUGAAUGAAUUCCAAAAGGGCCAUAGUCAUAUGGCAGUUGUUGUGAAGCAAGCAAACCCAACAGAGCAACCAAACAGCCAUAGAGAUGACCUGAGGCUGGAUAUAAUUGGCGAUAAGCUUAAUGAGAAAAGUCCCAAAGGUAUUAACCCGAUAAGCCGGACGAAGAGUUAUCCUUCAAACUCAAACUCAAGCAGGAGCGGCAGUAGAAGUAGAAAAUGGCUCCGUGAUUCUACCGCAGACGUUUUGCAGAUUGAUGACAAACCUUUGCCCAGUGUCAGUGAGGAACAAGAAGCCAUCGGCAUAAUCACGAUGGAGGAUGUCAUAGAAGAGCUACUACAGGAAGAGAUUUUUGAUGAGACAGAUUAUCCAGAAGAACGAUAGUAGUGAGAAAUCAAGUUAUCAAUGUUCGAAUGAAACAUAUAUGGCUUAAGUACAAUUAUGGGUACAUUCCACAGCAGCUCAACCAGAAAAGAUGGGUUUGUUUAUGUUGUCUCUAAAUAAAAUCUAUAGUUAAUACUGUGUGUAUGAAUAACUAGACUUCUUGUCUUAUUGUAUGUAUGAAUAGAGGAAACAAGAAUUGUGGUUGCU